AUGUCAGGUUCGUUGCGUCUUUGUCUAACGGUUUCAAUUUUGUUGUGUCUUGGUAUAAUUUAUUGGUUUUGUUUCAUUUUCUUUCUUCUCAUCUUGUGGUUUCAUUUACACCUUUUUGUUAGAUUUUUGUUCUCUUACUAGAUUUUUCUUUUUCAAAUACACAUAUAUAUAUAUAUUUUUUCAAAUAACGUCAAUUAUAAACUAACAGCAUGUGUAUAUGUAUACGUAUCCUUGAAUAGACUCAUUAUUCGUAUUAUUUUACUUUUAGAGAGCAGAAAUAAGAGAAGAGAAAGGGCGGGUCAGGAAAGGUUAUGACCGGGACGGGCUUUUGUCAAGUGCGCAGAUGUUUUUUUUGUUGUUGUGGUAUGGCACCCUUCUGUUGAUGAGUAACUUUGUCACCUUUUUGUGUGUGUUGAGUCACUUCACAGGUCUAAAAUCCCACCAAAAUCUGUUUUCUCUGCAAUUGUUCGUCAGCGUGUUGCGUAUACACGCACGCUUAAAAAAAUGUGUGCGUUAGAGCGCAUUUUCUUCUUUUAUUUUGUGGGUUUAGACUCUAACUUUAGAGGAGCCUGUAUUUUCCACUUCGUGCAGAGUGCGGAAGAAAAAACCGCGAAAUUUUAUAAGACUGGCAACCAGCCAACUGUUGGGUCCUGAAGCGAUGGUCCAUGUUCCUUUGAACGAUUCUUAUUCACGGUUUUUUUUGUCUGCGUCGCGUUUUCUCUAUUUGUUCGUCCCAACACAUGAUUGAAACGCAGAGGUAAAACAUGGGCUGAGUUGAUACUAUUCCACGUAGAAGAUAUUUGUGAAUCGGAAUAAUCCCAUAAAAUCUAUCAUUAGUGCUUUUUUGCCCGGCUGUUGUUGUUGUUGUUAGUUGAAAAAACAUACAUACACAAACACACACACUCUCGCCAAAAGAUGGCCAAUUCAGAUAAGGAAAAUGAGAAGGAGAAGAAGAAAAAAAAACAUUUUGUUUUGUCUGUUUUUUCUUCUCCCAUUCGUAACACUUGCGGUUUCUGAUUACUUGUUCGUGUUCUCUUUUCUCUCUGCCUCAAAAAAAAAAGAACACUUACCAUUGUGAUUUAUUGGCGCUUUGGUGUUUGUUUUGCGGUUUCAUAGCAUUUGUUGCCAUCCAUUCUGUUUUGAAAUCGAGCAAUUCUCAUUUUCGCUACUUCUUUCGCACUAGAAUCGUACAAUAUUAUAAUUAUUUUUAUUGUUUCAGAUCAAAACGGGUUCUACAUCGUGAGUUUUUUGGUUCGAUUCGACGCGCUACCAAUAAAUUCACUUAUUUUUCUUUUAAUCAUGGCGACGAAACGAAAAGUUGAAGUAUCCCAAAUCAAACAUUUAACACCACUAGAUCUUGUAUUAGAGUGAGUUCUAAAUCUACAUUUUAAAUAAUUUCAAUCUCAAAAAAUGAUUACAGAUUCACAUCUGUCCAUCCGGUAUUUCAUGAAAGUUUCAAGUCACUAUGCAACACCAUCUUCACACAUUCUGGACCAUUCUGCUUGGCUCACCGACAUUAUAUCGCAAUUAUGGCCGCAACGCGUCACAAUUGCGAUUUUCUUGUCGAAUAUCACAAAGCAAUGUAUUUGAGAUGCAACGGUGAUUCGGAAUGGUUGAAAGGAUUGAAUCACGCCGAUAUUCGAUUCGGUCUUUUGGACGAAUUGAAUCGUUAUAUGGCACAUCAACCGUGGAUGAUUAGUGCGGAUUUGAUUCAGAAGUUGGUUGGUCGCGGAACUCCGGAUGCUGAGAAGACGUUCACAUUGACUGAAUUGAAUCAUGCAGCGAUUAUUAUGUCUGUUGUUCACAAUAUGGUUUCAUUUAUUCGUGCGAUCAAUUUGGAUAAUAAACAAAUGUAAGAAUUUAUUAUUGUCGUGGCGAAAUAUCAGUUCGUCAGUCGCGUGCGGCUCUGCGCCGCGGUUUUGUUUCCCGACCGCGACGCAGAGCCGCACGCGACUGACGGAGAAAUGUUUUUAUUCAUUUUUUUUACGGCAGCUAAAUACCCAUAUCAAUAUUUCAUUUUUUUCAGAGAACUCGUUGCUGUGAGUUUGGAGCGAUUCUACGACGAUGAUGCGGUCACAUCAUCCUGUGAAGUUGAGAAAAUCUUGAAUCACAUGGAUCGCAUGGACAAAUUUGUAACAAAACCGACAAGCCCAAAUUGUGCGAGUUUUGAUUUGACUGGAGGAGAAUCGCCAGAAUCUCCAUCGGAAGAAGAGGACAGUUCAAACGAUGGAUUACUCUCAUUCCAACCGCAAUACGGUUAUGUUGAUUUCCAAAAACGUUCGGAUAAAAAUGUCAAGGAUUUCAAGAUUCAUGAAUUCACAUGGGAUCACAGUUUCAAUGUUAUCAGUGAAUUCGCAUAUGAAAGUGCGAGUUCUGUCGAUGCAAUGAUCGAUCAUAUUCAUAAACUCACUUACAACUUUAUUGGAAAAUUCGGGGAUAUUGAUACAACAAAAUAUCGAUUGGCUGUUUGGAAUUAUAUUCAAUUGAUAUUUGGUAUCAAACAUGACGACUACAAUUAUUCCAAUGUAUGUUUUUCAUUUUAUCUUUUAAGAGGGAUGUUGUUGAAAAGGUUGUCUGCAAAUAUUCGUCACCGUGUUACGCGUAAAAUCUGCAAACACGCACAAAUAAAAUAUGUGCAUUAGAGCGCAUUUAUACUCGUUAUACGUUAUAAUACCCACUUCGCUCGAAAAAAAUUGGCGAUAGAAAGAUUCCAACCCUUUGAAAAAUAAUAUGUAGCGUAAUUCAAAAUGCUUAUAAAUAUUUUUCAGACCAAUCUCUUGAUGGAUCGACAAACCAAAACCUACAUCAAAAACACGGCAUGUUUCCCACAAAGAGUCAAUGAUGAUUAUCUGAGAUGUAUGCAUGGAUUCAAAGAUUCCGAGAAACUCCAUGUUGUCAUAAUCGUUUUCGUCGCUCGCAUGGAAUCUCAACUUCUCCAUUUCGGCCGUGCUCUUUGCAACUAUAAUUCAAGAACUAUGGCGAAAAAAGGAUAUCGUCGCCCAUUGGAUUGA